AUGGCGAUGGCGACUCUGAUUUCAACUCCAACCACUUCAUUUUCUACUUCCACAAGAGCAAGAUCUCUUCUCCACCCUUGUUCUCCGAUUUCCUGCUGCAAAGCUCCCAACUUUGGCCUUUCUACCAAGGUACCCCAACUGGGUUCGUGGAAUUUGUCUCAAUGGAGUGGAUUGAAGCAGCUCGGCAUCUCAAUUACUCCAAAGUCUCUGCAUAAAGAAAGGAAAGGGAGGUGUAAUGGCAGGGUAGUUCGUGCUUCUUUGUUCGGAGUUGGAGCUCCGGAAGCUUUGGUCAUUGGAGUGGUGGCUUUACUGGUGUUUGGUCCCAAAGGUCUUGCCGAGGUUGCCCGCAACUUGGGCAAGACUUUGCGGGAAUUUCAACCUACCAUUAGAGAACUCCAGGAUGUUUCUAGAGAGUUCAAAAGCACCCUUGAGAAGGAGAUUGGUCUUGACGAGAUAAAAAAUGUUACACAAACCACGAAUUUCUCAAACAAAACACCUAGUGCUCCUCCUCCUGCUGCUUCACCACCCUCUUCAUCAGUUACCAGCGCUGCAGAUUCUACAGCUCAAGCCGAACCCAAUGGUUCUCCAGCCCCAAGCAAUGCAUAUACCAGCGAUGACUUGUUAAAAGUCACAGAAGAACAGCUCAAGGCAUCUGCUAGCCAGCAGCAAUCGGAAACACCUGCCCUUGAUAGCCAGCCAGAAGCUAAAGUCGCAGAAGAGCAGCCAGAAGCAUCUGUUGCUCAACAACAAAAACAACAAAAGUCGACGCCUUCCACGCCAGAGAGCCAAGUAGAAGAAGCUCAAGCUCAACCCACAGUCAAAGAAACUGCAGCUGCCUUGUCGCCCGGCUCAGCAAAGCCUGAAAGCGAGACAUAA